GCUUACAGUGAUCUGCAACCCUUCACCGAUUUGUACCGUUAUCCUCCUGGAACAGCCUUUGAUUUGACCUCUGCUCCUGUCGUCCUUCACCUGCAGAGAGACCUCUCAUUAUUAAGUCUUAUCACUUCUGCUGGAGACUCUCUGGAAAACUGUGAUUUCAAGAAGAUUCACAAUGUGAUUAUGGCAGGAAGAGGUGUUCAGGACGCAAAGGAUCUGUGUCAGUCGCAUGCUCAGGCAGCACUCGACGUUCUGCAGGAUGUCUUCGAGCCUUCUGAUGCUCGCACUGCCUUGGAAAACAUUAUCAAUGCACUUAGAAUCUAUUAGUCAUAAUUUUUUUGUCAAAAUGGCUAUUGAAUUGUCAGGCACUGAAGAGUAUUUGGGUACAGCUCUUAUAAUAGAGUUUGACAUCCUUUAUUAUUCUACCUAAUGUCCUAUAUACAGCAUAAGAGGCUGUUGGUAUGGGCACAUGCAUGGAUGUCUUCUGGCCAAUUAAUCAUUUUUUUUUAUCUCAUUUGUAAAAUCAUUGUGACUUGUGUAAUUAUUUUUUAAUAUGUUAGUCAAUCAAUUUUAAUAGUAUUAGGCACAAACAAUAAAAUUUUAAAUAUAUCGUUAGUUCUAUUGAUUAAUUAUAAAGUUGUAUUGUUUGGCUUCUGCUUUUAACCGAAAUAUUUUAGUCAUUAUUUAAUAAAUUCUGGUGACAAGCUUGUUUUAUCUUCAUUUGUGUUGAGCCAUAACUGCAUAAUAGCACUGAGGCUAUUAUGCAGUAAUGGCUCAACAUGCACGUACAGUAUAGUAACUAUGGCAAAGUUAUCUCGAAGAAAAUUUAAGAAUGAAGUGUAAAAAAACAAUGCUAGACAUGAGUGAAUGUCAGUCUUUCACAUUGGUAUUCAUAAGUAUAGUACUUUACGUUGAUGUACUCUGAGGAUUUUUCCUUAUUUUUUAUUAUAAAUGGAGAGGUCAGAAGACUUCAGUGUUGUCACUGUUUAUUCUAUGUAAUAAUAAUAGAUGUUGAGAGGGUUGUAUAUGACCAUGUGGCAGACAUUUAUUUUUAAUUAUCUGAGCUUCCAGCCAUUGUGAUACUGAAUAUAUUAAUAACUAAGCAUUUGUAAAGAAUUUAGUACCAGUUUUUCCAUGGCUUAUGAUAAAGAAUAUUUGUGCUAUUAUCCACUUUCCCUUUCCCUCCUUGAUGGAAGUGGGCAAUACUUGCCAGUUUCAUAUAGAUGUUCACUUGUUAAUUCUGGAAUAAAAUGCUUUUCUCUUUACAGCCAUUCACUGGAACAAAUGGUCAUGACACCUUUAAUCCCUUAAACUUUAGAAGGCAUUGUGUACAUUUCUAAUUAUUACCUGAUGUAAUUUACCCCACCCCCGUCUCCGCAGGCUAAACAUUAAGUGCUGCUCUCCCUUUGCUGUGUCAUAUUCCAUGCAAAAACUGUUAAUUUGUUAAAAUUUUCCUUAGCACUGAUAUGCUUGCAGAGCCUGAUUUGUCUUGCCGCUAUUCUACCACAGAUUUCCGACAGGUAUAAUUUAUCAUAUUGCAGUUAUUGACAUAUUUUAUACCAAUGAGGCCAGAAGUGAAGUAGGUUUUAAAAUUCCUGUUUAGUAGAAUAUUUGAAAAAAAAUAUUUAAUGGAUAUAAGCAAAUUUUAUCUAAUGUACAUUACUACAUGCCUUUUUGUUUAGAACAAUGUAAUAAAAAAUAAUUGAAUUAUUUAUAAUUUAUCUUUUGAAUAUGUAUAUUUUUAUUAGGAUAUUUGUAAAAAUACACUGACACUUCAUUGAAAAUUUU